AAGCUGCUCCGCGUCGUCGUCCUCGUCAAGCGCACGGCGCCCUGGGCGCGCCCCGCCGCCCCCCUCGCGCGAGGAGUCGGCGCCGCCGCGGCUCUCUCACCGAACAGCAAAUCUCCGCGCGGACCGACCGCGCGCCGAGCCCACGACCUAAGCGACCAUGUCGACGCUCAGCGCGGCCCGCGCCGACAACUUCUACUACCCGCCGAACUGGGACCCGUCGAAGGAAUCCCUGUCGCAGCACACGGGCGACACGCGGGGCCGGAACCAGUACGAGCAGGAGGGCCUCAUCCGCUUCGAGCUGCCGUUCGACGGAUGGUGCGAGGGCUGCGGGCGCCACGUCGGCAAGGGCGUGCGCUUCAACGCGAAGAAGGACGCCGACGGCAAGUACCACAGCACGACGGUCUGGAAGUUCACGAUGCAGUGCCCGUCCUGCACGACCAAGUUCGUCAUAAAGACGGACCCCGCGAAGUCGGACUACGACUUUGCGUCCGGCAUCCGCCGCAAGGUCGAGUCGUACGCAGAGGACGCGGCCGACGGCGCGCGCCUCCUCGGCGACACGGACCACCGGGCCCAGGAGGCCGCCCUCGCGAAGCGGCGCGACCCCAUGGCGACGCUCGAGCGCACGCGGGACGACAAGGCGAAGGCGAAGCGCGCCGCCGGCGAGCUCGCGGAGGACUGGGGCCGCGCGGAGCGCUUCUACGACGACUACGGCGCGAACCGCGCGCUGCGGAAGCGGCACCGCGCCGUGCGGAAGGACGCCAAGGAGCGCGACGGCAUGGGCCGGCGCCUCGGCCUCGCGAUCGAGCUGCUGCCGCCGCAUCCCGACGACGCCGCGGCGGCGAGGGCCGUGACCUUUGCGCGGCCCCGGCGCGCGGCGGCGGCGCCCAAGGCGACGUCCAUCUUCGGCCGCCCCGUCGCGCCGCGGUCGUCCAAGGCCGCGGCCCUCGCGCGCGAGCGCGGCAUCGACCCGAAGCGGCUCCAGCUCAAGCCCCGGCCCGGCGCGCGCGCUCCGGCGCCCGCGGCGCCGACGACGACGACGCGGCGGCGACCGAGGCCCGUGGAGCCCUUCGGGGGCGAGCUCGAGGUCGAGGCGCACAAGACGCUCCGCGACAUCUUCGCCCCGGGCACGUGGCGCAUCGACGGCUGCCGCGAGCGCAAGUCCGUGAACCACGACAAGAUCCUCGCGGACAUCGAGGCGAGCGGCAAGGACUCGGCCUUCGCGGCGGCCGUCUGCCCCUUUUCCGGGGUGACGGCGCUGCACGCGUGCGCGAUCAACGGCUACCUCAGCCUGCUCAAGGUCCUGGUGGAGAAGUGCGAGAUGUCACCCCUGGUCUGCGCCGGCGGCUUGAGCUCCAUGAUGAGCAGCCGCCUCGAGCACGUCCGCGGCGCCGACGCGAUGUGGAUGGCGAAGCGCCGCGGCCACAAGCACGUCAUCGAGUACAUGAAGACCCUACCGAUCGUCAAGCAGGCCACCGUGUCCCUCGAGAAGCAGCUCGUCGUCAUGGAGGCGGCCCACAAGGAGGCCGUCGCGGAGGCCAAGGAGCGCGCCGUCGAGGAGGCCGCGCGCAAGGCCGAGGAGGAGGCGCGGCUCGCGGCGGAGGAGAAGAAGCGCAAGGAGAAGGAGAAGGCCCAGCGCAAGAUGCGCGACGAGAUCCAGGCCUUCGACGGCGUGCUCCGCGCGAAGAAGAAGGCCCUCAUGGACCCGAGCUACGCGUUCAAGCUCGCGGAGACGGGCCAGGCCAAGGCCAUGGAGCUCCUCGAGGACGAGAAGCAGUCGCACAAGCAGGACACGAACCGCUGCAAGGCCAUGCGGAACCGCGCCGAGGACAACGAGAUCGGCGCGGAGAUGAAGAAGCCCGAGCAGCUAGGAGCUGUGCCGGAAACAACCACUGGUCUGGGUGGUCCCGACCAAACUUCAAACCUCUCGGUCAAAUCGAAGCUCAUCGCGGACAUCGACGAGAUGCUCAACGAGUACAUCGCGCUCUGGGAGCUCGACGAGCAGCUGGAGAAAUACGUCGCCGAGGCCAACGACACGCGCUGGGGCGAUCUGGUGCCCGAGGAGCUGGAGGAGAACGCGAAGAAGCUCACGUCCAAGGUCAAGAAGCUCCCGAAGCCCGUGAAGACGUCCGAGGCGUUCAAGGUCCUCGACCGCCGCGCGAAGGAGUUCUACACGUCGUGUCCGCUCAUCCUGUCGCUGCACACGCCCUGCAUGAAGAAGCGCCACUGGGACGAGCUGCUGGAGGGCGCGCACGCGACGCUCUCGGAGACGCCCAUCGAGAACCCGAACAUCGAGCUCUCGGAGAUUCUGAGCCUGGAGCUGCACCGCGCGUCCGUCGCCGCCGUCGUCGAGGAGGUCACGGACAAGGCCGUGAAGGAAGCGAAGCAGGAGGAGACGCUGGAGACCCUCGAGGUCAACUGGAGCGGCAUCGUCUUCGUGCGCACGCCCUACGACAAGGACGAGUCCGUGCCGCUGCUCAAGAUGGACGAGAAGGACUUCGAGCAGCUCGAGUCGGAUUUACUGACGCUCCAGUCCAUGGUCUCCUCCCGCUACGAGUUCUUCAAGGAGCGCAGCACGAAGUGGCAGGCGGAAUUGCAAAACGUCGGCGAGGUCAUCGCGAUCCUCGCGGAGCUCCAGCGCAUGUGGUCCUACCUCGAGCCCCUCUUCGUCGGCUCCGACGAGGUGAAGCGCGAGCUGCCGGAGACGGCGGCCAAGUUCGCGGAGAUCGACGCGACGGUGCGGUCCCUCCUGAAGGAGGCGUGGGAGACGAAGAACGUCAAGGCCGCGUGCAACAAGGAGGGCCUCAUCCCGACCCUGGAGGACAUCACGGUGAAGCAGGACAUGUGCAAGAAGUCGCUCAACGAGUUCUUGGAUUCGAAGCGCAUGCAGUUCGCGCGCUUCUACUUCGUGUCCGAGGCGGACUUGCUCGAUAUUCUUUCCAACGGGUCGAACCCGUCCGCGAUCAUGAAGCACGUCGACAAGGUCAUGCUCGCGACCAAAACUUUAACGCUCACGGACGACGACGCGGAGACGGGAAGACCGACGGCCCUCACGUGGAUCUCGGGCGUCGGCUCGGAGUGGUGCGAGUUCACGCCGCCGCCGAAGCUCCUCAACAAGGUCGAGGUCUACCUCCAGACCGUGUUGGACGCCCAGAUGACCACGCUCGUCGAGCAGGCCAAGCGGUCCAUCGGCCGCUACGCGUCGACGGCCGUGCGCACGGACUGGCUCCAGGAGAAGGCGACGGCGAGCGACGGGGCAGCACAAGAGAGCGACAUUCCCAACUUCAAAGGCUCAUAUCUCGGCCAUUUUCCACUCGCGAGCGACGGCCGCACGAACGGCGCCGACGCGGGCCAGAUCGGGCUGCUCAUCGCCGCCAUCUACUACACGAAGGAGUGCGAGGACGCCAUGGAGAAGAUCGCGGGCAACGGCGACGAGGCGCCCUACGUCGAGUUCCAGACGCGGACGCUCGCGCAGCUCUCGGAUCUCAUCCUGCUCACCAAGGGCAAGCUCGACGGCGCGAUGCGGACGCGCGUCAUGUGCAUGAUCACCUACGACGCCCACAGCCGCGACAUGAUCGAGAAGACGCUGCGCGCGAAGUCGUACCAGAUCUCGAGCUUCCAGUGGCAGUCGCAGCUCAAGAUGCGCUUCGACGAGUCGCAGAACCGGUGGCUCGUCCACAUCCUCAACGCGGAGUUCGACUACGGCUUCGAGUACCUCGGCAACGGGCCGCGUUUGGUCGUGACGCCCCUCACGGACCGCGUCUACGUCACCGCAACCCAGGCCCUGAACCUCUGCAUGGGCUGCGCGCCCGCGGGGCCCGCGGGCACGGGCAAGACGGAGAGCACGAAGGACCUCGCGUCGGCGCUGGGCAAGUGCUGCUACGUCUUCAACUGCUCGCCGGAGAUGGACUACAAGUCGUUGGGCAACAUCUUCAAGGGCCUGGCGUGCUCCGGGUCCUGGGGCUGCUUCGACGAGUUCAACCGGCUGAUCCCCGAGGUCCUGUCCGUGUGCACGGUCCAGUUCAAGGCCGUCUGCAACGGCGUCAAGCGCGUCAAGACGGCGCGCAAGGUCGCGCGCAAGAGCGGCAGCCCCUUCGACGAGGCGGCGCGCAUGACGACCAUCGAGGGCGACCUCGUGAAGCUCGACGAGACGUGCGGCGCGUUCAUCACGAUGAACCCGGGCUACCUCGGCCGCUCGGAGCUGCCCGAGGGAUUGAAGGCCCUGUUUCGGCCCAUGACGGUCAUGGUGCCCGACCUCGUCAUGAUCUGCGAGAACAUGCUCAUGGCCCAGGGCUUCGUGAGCGCGAAGUCGCUCGCGUCCAAGUUCUACUCGCUCUACUCGCUGCUCAAGGAUCUCCUCUCGAAGCAGGAGCACUACGACUGGGGCCUGCGGGCCAUCAAGUCCGUCCUCGUCGUCGCGGGCAUGCUCCUCCGCACGGACCCGGACAGCGACGAGGACAACAUCCUGAUGCGCGCGCUCCGCGACUUCAACAUCGCCAAGAUCGUCAAGGCCGACGAGGUCGUCUUCUUCGGGCUGCUCAACGAUUUGUUCCCGGGCCUGGACCCGCCGCGCGUCAUCGACAAGACGCUGGAGCAGUCCGUGGAGAAGGCCGUCGAGGAGAGCGGCCAGUUCGGCGACGACGUCUUCAAGCUCAAGUGCGUCCAGCUCGACGAGCUCAUCGCGAUCCGCCACUGCGUCUUCGUCAUGGGCCCGCCGGGCUCCUUCAAGACGUCCUGCUGGAAGAUGCUCGCGAACGCCUACAAGAUCAAGGACCCGGACAACCCCGUCAAGGUCGUGGACAUCAACCCGAAGACGAUGCCGACGCAGGACCUCUACGGCUACAUCAACAUGGUCACGCGCGACUGGAAGGACGGCCUCCUGUCGACGAUCAUGCGCGACCUGGGCCAGAUCGACGACGAGAAGCCCAAGUGGAUCCUGCUCGACGGCGACCUCGACGCGAACUGGAUCGAGUCCAUGAACUCGGUCAUGGACGACAACCGCCUGCUGACGCUCGCGUCGAACGAGCGCAUCCCGCUCAAGCCCCACAUGCGCAUGAUCUUCGAGAUCCGCGACCUGAAGUACGCGACGCCGGCGACGGUGUCGCGCGCGGGCAUCCUCUACAUCUCCACGGACGAGGGCUUCCAGUGGCGGUCCAUGAUCAACACGUGGGUGUCGACGCGCUCCGGCGACGGCUUCACGGACGAGUCGCGGCAGUGGCUCACGGAGUGCUUCGACGAGUACGUGGGCCCGUCCCUGAAGUGCUUCCGGAAGAUGCUCACGUCCAUCCCCCAGUUCGAGACGACGCUCGUGGAGAAUUUACUGCGACUGCUCGACGCCACUUUGACGGCGAACGAGCUCCAGUCGCAGCGCAACGUCGCCAUCACGUUCAGCUUCUGCGCGGUCUGGGCUUUAGGAUCCUCGCUGGGCAUCGCCGACGACGGCAAGGACUACAAGCGGACCUUCAGCGAGUGGUGGAAGAAGCAGUUCCGCAACGUCCAGUUCCCGACGAAGGACACGGUCUUCGACUACUGGCUCGACACGGAGUCCAUGUCCUUCGAGUCGUGGAAGAGCAGUCCCGCGUUCUCCGAGGUGGCCUUCAACAGCCGCGAGAUGAACAUGUCCGACGUCACCGUACCUACCGGCGAGAGCGCGUCGGUUUCUUUCUGGCUGAAGCUCCUCGUCGACGGCCACCACUGCGCGAUGCUCGCGGGGCCCUCGGGCACGGGCAAGACGCAGCUCAUCAACGGCCAGCUCAAGGCGCUCAACCCGGAGCAGACGCUCUUCCAGACCAUCAACAUGAACUUCUACAGCUCCGGGCUCGUGCUCCAGGCGAACCUCGAGGUGUCGCUGCAGAAGAAGACGGGCAGUCUCUACGGCCCGCCGGGCGCGUGCCACAUGGUCUACUUCAUCGACGACCUGAACCUGCCGGAGCUCGACAAGUACAACACCCAGUCGGCCAUCGCCCUCGUGCGCCAGCACCUCGACUACACGCACUGGUACGACAUCACGAAGCUCGCGCUCAAGACCGUCGAGAAGUGCCAGUACGUCGCGGCGAUGAACCCGACGGCGGGCUCCUUCCACGUGAACCCGCGCCUCCAGCGCCACUUCACGACCUUCGCCGUGUCCAUGCCCAGCGACCAGUCCCUGGGCAUCAUCUACGAGACGUUCCUCAGCGGCCACAUCAACAACGUCUUCACCAACACCGCGGCCGAGAUGAUGAACAUGCUGCCCAAGAUCAUCAAGACGACGCUCCUCGUCCACAAGGACGUCUCCGAGAACUUCCGCAAGACGGCGACGAACUUCCACUACGAGUUCAACAUCCGCCACGUCGCGGGCGUCUUCCAGGGGCUCCUCAUGACGUCGCCGGCCAAGUUCGGCAACACGUCCAUCGUCGCCGACUGCUGGCUCCACGAGUGCUACCGCGUCUACGGCGACCGCCUCGUGUCGCCGGAGGACCUGGCGAAGUUCGACGGCAUCAUGGCCGCGCAGGCGAAGAAGGGCUUCGGCGAGUUCAACCUGAGCCGCUUCUACGGCGAGACGCGCGACCCGUUGACCUUCUGCCACUUCAUCGAGGGCAUCGGCGAGGACCCCAUCUACGACCAGAUCCACGAACUGGCCGUCCUGCAGAAGAUCCUGGACCAGGCGCUCGAGGAGUACAACGAGUCGAACGCGCAGAUGGACCUCGUCUUAUUCGAGGACGCGCUGAACCACAUCUGCCGCAUCACGCGCAUCAUCAACAACCCCCAGGGCCACGCCCUGCUCGUCGGCGUCGGCGGCUCGGGCAAGAAGUCGCUGUCGCGCCUCUCGUCCUUCAUCUGCGGCUUCCAGACGACGAUGAUCCAGAUCUCCGCGACGUACGGCAUCAACGACCUCAAGGUCGACCUUCAGGCCAUGUACAACCGCGCGGGCGUCAAGUCCGAGGGCGUCAUGUUCCUCUUCACCGACGCGGAGAUCACGAACGAGCGGUUCCUCGUCUACCUCAACGACCUGCUCGGCUCCGCGGACAUCGCGGAUUUGUACGCGCAGGACGAGAAGGACACGGUCAUCAACUCGUGCAUGAAGAAGGCCAAGGCCGCGGGCUUCGCCCCGGAGGCCGGGCCCGUCUACGAGUACUUUUUGCAGGAGGUGCGCAAGAACCUGCACGUCGUGCUCUGCUUCUCGCCCGUCGGCGAGGCGUUCCGCAUGCGGUGCCGCAAGUUCCCGGCCCUCGUCAACUGCACGGUCAUCGACUGGUUCCAGCCCUGGCCGAAGCAGGCGCUCUACUCCGUGGGCUGCAAGUUCCUCGCGCAGAUCGAGGACCUCGGCGGCGAGGAGGUGCGGCAGCAGAUCGAGAACUUCAUGCCCUACUCCUUCGACUCGACGAACAAGGCCGCCGUCGAGUACUUCGACAUGGACGGCCGCUACGUCUACACGACGCCCAAGUCCUACCUCGAGCUGCUCAAAUUGUACGCGACGGUCCUCGACACGAAGCGCGCGGAGAACGACCAGGCGACGAAGCGCCUCAAGAACGGCGUCCAGAAGCUCGAGGACUGCACCAAGGUCGUCGACGUGCUCAAGGAGGAGAUCGCGGGCAAGGUCGCCGACGCCGAGGAGAAGAAGGCCACGGCCGACGGCAUCGCGAAGCGCGUCAAGGCCGAGAAGGAGGUCGUCGAGAUGGAGUCCGAGAACGCGUCCAUCGAGGAGAAGAAGGUGACCAAAAUCGCCGCCGAGGUCACGGCGAAGCAGCAGUCCGCCGAGGCCGACCUGGCCAAGGCCGUGCCCGCCGUCGAGGCGGCCAUGGCCGCGCUCGACACGCUCGACGUGAAGCAGCUCCAGAUGUGCAAGACCAUGGCCAAGCCGCCGCCGGGCGUCGACGACGUCUUCAGCGCCUGCCUCGUGCUCCUCGCGGGCCUCAACCCCGCCGUGACGGUCCAGAAAUCGGGCAAGGUCAAGGACAAGGACCGGUCGUGGGACGUCGCGAAGAAGGCGCUCCUCGGCGACCCGAAGAAGUUCGUCGACGAGCUCAAGUCCUACAAGGAGUCCUUCGACGGGGGCAAGGUGCCCCUCAUCAACUUCAAGGAGGUGCGCUUCUACCUCGCCAUGGAGCACUUCCAGCCCGACAUCAUCAUGGGCAAGAACUCCGCGGCCGCGGGCCUGUGCAACUGGUGCAUCAACAUCGUCGUCUACUACGACGUCGUGUCCAUGGUCGAGCCCAAGAAGAAGCUCGUCGCCGAGGCGACGAUCCAGCUCCAGGAGGCGAACCACAAGCUCGAGCAGGUGCGCAAGAAGGUCGCGGAGCUCGAGGAGCGUUUGGCGAUCCUCGUGUCGGAGCUGCAGGAGGCGGAGAAGGUCAAGAACGAGGCCGAGGAGGUCGUCGCCAAGGGCCAGAUGAAGUUGGGUCUAGCCGAGCGCCUCCUGGGCGCCCUGUCGUCGGAGAACGUGCGCUGGUGCGCGGGCAUCGAGUCGCUCGGCACGUCGCGCGCGUUGCUCGUCGGCGACACGCUGCUCAGCGCCGCGUUCAUCUCCUACAUCGGCCCCUUCACGAAGCAGUACCGCACGAAGCUGCUCGAGGAGCAGUGGGUGCCGCGGCUCCGGUCCCCGACGACGGGCGUGCCCGUGCCCAUGUCCAAGGAGGCGGACCCGCUCACGGCGCUGACCAGGGCAUCAAAAGAGAGCGAAAUUCCCAACUUCAAAGGCUCCGAUCUCGGCCGUUUUCCACUCGCGCUGACGACGGACAGCGAGAUCGCGCUCUGGCAGACGAUGAAGCUCCCCGCGGACCCCGUGUCCACGGAGAACGGCGCCAUCGUGUCGCGGUCCACGCGCUGGCCCCUCCUCAUCGACCCCCAGCUCCAGGGCGUCGCCUGGGUGAAGACGCAGAACACGCGCGACAAGAACGCGAUGCUCCGCGUGUCGCGCCUCGGCACGAAGGACCUGCUCAAGACGCUCAAGGAGUGUUUGGUCGGGGGCUUCCCCAUGCUCGUCGAGAACAUGGGCGAGCAGAUCGAGGCGUCCAUCAUGCCCGCGGUGCAGCGCGCGAAGAUGCGCCGCGGCGGCCGCUACUUCCUGAAAUUAGGGGAAGACGAGGUCGAGUACCACGCGAACUUCCGCAUGUUCCUCCACACGAAGCUGAGCAACCCCCACUACCCGCCGGAGAUCCAGGCCGAGUGCACGCUCGUCAACUUCACGGUGACGCCCGCGGGUCUCGAGGACCAGCUUUUGGCGCUCGUCGUGUCGAAGGAGCGGCCGGACCUCGCGUCCCAGAAGGUCCAGCUCAUCCAGCAGCAGAACCAGUUCAAGAUCAAGAUGAUCCAGAUCGAGGACGAGAUUUUGGCGCGCCUCGCCGCCGCCGAGGGCGACAUCACGGACGACAAGGACUUGAUCGAGGGCUUGGAGGCCGCGAAGCGGACCGCGCGCGACAUCGAGGCCAAGCUCACGGCGGGCCGCAAGACGACGGAGUCCAUCAACAACACGUCGGAAAAGUUCCGCCUCGUCGCGCGCCGCGGCUCCCAGCUCUUCUUCAUCAUGAACGACCUCGUGAAGAUCCACACGUACUACAUCUACUCGCUCAACGCGUUCGUCGUCGUCUUCUUGAACGGCAUCGACCAGGUCCAGCGCGAGUCCAAGGAGGCCGAAGAAGAGGCGAAGCCCAAGAAGAAGAAGGGCUUCGGCCUCAAGGCCUUCAAGAAGAUCGCGAAGAAGGUCAUCGGCGGCCUCGAGCGGUUCCCGUGGAACCGCGACAUCCUGAUGAACGCGUCCCACAGCGACACGCUCGACAGCGACUUCCUGGACAAGCUCAUGUCCAUCGGCAAGAAGAAGUCGCCCCGGGGCGGCGAGGGCUCCGAGGGCACCUUCAAGGUCGGCGACGUCGUCGAGGGCGACCUGUGCGUGGGCACGGUCAGGAAGCUCUGCAAGGUCGGCGACGUCGCCGCGCUCGUGCUGGAGACCAAGGCCGACCCGCCGCGCUACUACGUCGUGCCCGAGACGACGGUGGAGAAGUACGUCGACUACGCCGCGCGCUGCGUCAAGCUCAUCGACACGUGCACGUCCGUCUGCUUCAACUACGUGCGCCGGGGCCUCUUCGAGCGCGACAAGCUGACCAUCGUGUCCCUCUUCGUGCUGACGCUCCAGAUCGCCGACGACAAGCUCGACGGGGCCUACCUGGGCAUCAUGCUCGGCGGCCGCGAGGCCGAGGGCGAGCCCGCGCCCGUCGAGGCGUCCGCGUGGCUGCCCGAGGCCACGUGGCCCAAGCUCCGGGCGCUCCAGGAGGACUGCGGCGACAAGGUGCCCAUGUUCGGCGGGCUGCUGAAGCACAUCGAGGAGAACGCGUCGGCCUGGGAGUCCUGGUACAACCACAAGUCGCCGGAGACGGAGACGCCGCCGCUGCCCGAGGGCUGCCCCGCGCCGAACCUGUUCGAGAUGGUGCUCCUGCUGUGCACCAUGCGCAGCGACCGCGUCACCAUGGGCGUGACGAACUACAUCGCGUCGAACUACGGCGACGGCUACGUGCACCAGCCGCCCUUCGACAUGAAGAAGGCCUACCAGGAGUCCACCGCGUCCACGCCCAUCUUCUUCGUGCUCUUCCCCGGCGUCGACCCGACGCUCUGGGUCGAGAGUUUGGGCGAGUCCUUCGGCAUCACGGCGGCGAACCACAAGUUCGUCAACAUCUCCAUGGGCCAGGGCCAGGAGGCGCCCGCGGAGGCCAUGCUCGAGAAGAUGGCCCACGACGGCGGCUGGGUCAUGCUCCAGAACCUGCACCUCAUGCAGUCCUGGCUGCCCGUGCUCGAGCGCAAGCUCGAGGUCUGCUCCGAGCACGCGCACCAGGACUUCCGGUGCUACGUGUCCGCGGAGGCGCCGUCGUUCAGCUACCAGCGGAACAUCCCCGAGUCGCUGCUCCAGUCGUGCAUCAAGGUGUCCAACGAGGCGCCGAGCGACAUCAAGUCGAACAUCGAGCGCGCCUGGGCGCCCUUCCCCCAGGCGCGCCUCGACGAGUGCACGCUGCCGCUCGAGUUCCGGAGCUGCCUCUUCGGCCUCUGCUUCUUCCACUCCGUCAUGCUCGGCCGGAAGCGCUUCGGCCAGCAGGGCUGGAGCCGCAAGUACGGCUUCAACAUGGGCGACCUGACGAUCUGCGCGGACGUGCUCCAGACGUACCUCGACGACAACGGCCGCGUGCCCUGGGACGACCUCCGCUACAUCUUCGGCGAGAUCAUGUACGGCGGCCACAUCACGGACUUCUGGGACCGGCGCACGAACAACACGUACCUCGAGGUGUCCUUCACGCCGAGCCUCCUCGCCGCCGAGGAGCUCGGCGAGGGCUUCAACUCGCCCGACCCGGCGACGCACACGACGCGCGAGAUGUACGUGGAGCACCUCAAGACGAAGCUGCCGCCGGAGAGCCCGUUGAUUUAUGGGUUGCACAUGAACUCGGAGAUCGCCUACCUGAACUCGGCGACGACGGCGCUGCUGAGCACGAUCCUGCGGCUCAAGGCGGGCUCGAAGGCCGGCGGCGGCGGCGGCGGCGGCAGCGGCAUCGACGAGAUGAUCACGGACCUCAUCGAGCGCCUGCCGGAGCCCUACGACCUCAUCGACAUCAACGAGAAGGCGGCGCCCCUGCUCAAGGGCAAGGAGGCGCCCUACAUCGUCGUCGUGCUCCAGGAGGUGGGCCGCAUGAACGGUCUGUGCGCGGAGAUGGGGCGGACGCUCGAGGAGCUGCGCAAGGGCCUGCUGGGCCAGCUCAACAUGUCGGAGCUCAUGGAGGAGCUCAUGUCGGCGCUGCUCAUCAAGCAGGUGCCGGGCCGGAACCCGUUCCACACCGCGUCCUGGGAGAAGUACGCGUGGCCGUCGAUGAAGGGCCUGCUGCCCUGGUUCGCGGACCUGAUCCAGCGCUGCGAGCAGCUCACGGCCUGGAGCGGGGCCGAGGGCAUCAAGACGCCCACGUCCGUCUGGCUGCCGGGCCUCUUCAACCCCACGGCCUUCCUCACGGCCAUCAAGCAGGUGACCGCGCGGAACAACUCGCUCGCGCUCGACAAGAUGUCGACGGAGACGCACGUGUCCGCGUUCAACGAGCCCGACGAGAUCACGGAAAGACUCACGGAGGGCGCCUACAUCCACGGCAUGUUCUGCGAGGGCGCGUGCUGGGGCGAGGUCGAGAACGAGGCCUUCGACGACACCGUCGACUCGACGCAGCUCGCGGGCAUCCUGCGCGACUCGCGGCCCAAGGAGCUGCUGCCCCACAUGCCCAUCAUCUACAUCAAGGCCGUCCAGGUCCAGCCGACCUGGGAGCCCUCGGCCGUGGGCUACCUGCGACCGGAGCCGACGAUCUACAACUGCCCCGUGUUCGGGUUGCUGCAGGGCACCAUGGUCCAGACGUUGCCGUCGGGGAAGCUCGCGGCCUUCGAGAACGCGUCCGACGACGACGACUCGAGCGACGGCGGCGGCGACAGCGUCGACCACGACGAGCUCGCGCGCGCCGGCGAGGCCGCGAGCAGCGACGACGACGAGAGCGACGGCGAGGCGGACGCGAGCGACGACGAGGGCUACGACUCCGAGGCCGAGGCCGCGGCGGCGGCCGCGCGGAAGCCCAAGCCCAAGGCCUCGGGCCUGUCGCUCGGCGAGCGGCUCCGGCGCCUCGAGGAGGAGGCGACGGCGCGCGCUGCCGCGGGGACGUCCGCCAAGGACCUGCGCAAGGCCCGCGCCGCGCCCAAGGCGACGCGGUCCCGGCCGUCGAAGAACGCGCCCGCGGAACAGUCGUCGAAGAAACGUCCCGCCGCGCGGACCAUCGAGGGCCUCAAGAAGAAGCAGACCGUGCGCGACCCGCGCUUCGAGGCGCUCUGCGGCACCUACGACGCCCACGCCACGGAGAAGCGCUACGGCUGGCUCGACGACCACGAGGCCGAGGAGAUCUCGCGGAAGCAGGGCCAGCUGAAGACGAAGAAGGGCCGCAAGGACGCGGGCCUCAAGGCCGAGGUCGACGACGCCGUGCGCAAGCGCAAGCAGCGCAAGCACGACGAGCGGAAGCGCGACGUCGUACGGUCCAUGAAGCGCGAGGAGCGGACGAAGGUCAAGGCCGGAAAACAGCCCUACUACGCGAAGAAGUCCGUCGUCAAGCAGCGGCUCCUCGAGGACCGCUUCGACCAGCUCAAGAAGGCGGGCAAGCUCAACGGGUUCCUGCGGAAGAAGGCGCGCAAGCCCACGUCGCUCCUCGAGGCCGGCGCGCGGUCCCGCGAGGCGCGCGGCGUCGUGCCCCGCGGCGCGGCGCAGAGCUAAGCGCUUGUUUGUGGCC